UAGUUAGGCCAAACCGCCGGGAGGUCCAAAUGCUUGUCCUGUUGCCACCUCCACGUUAAACUCGAUCACAUCCAGUUUCACAUCCUUUAAAGCCUCUUCUGUUUCUCGAUCGAGCUCGGAAAAAAAACCCACUUCAGUUUCCAGCUGGUUUGGUUUUGCAAAAUGGGGACUGUUAAGGAAGGGACAACGCCGCCGUGGGUGGGAUUAGGAGCUUCCGUGUGGGUCCAAAUAGCCUCCGGAAACACGUACAACUUCCCGCUUUACUCGCACUCGCUCAAGUCCGUUCUGGGGUUCAGUCAGCGACAGUUGACCAUGCUCGGAGUGGCGAGUGAUAUUGGAGAAAACGUUGGACUUGUUCCUGGGAUUGCUUCCAACAAGCUUCCACCUUGGAUGAUAGUUUCGAUUGGGGCUUUCGCUUGUUUCUUUGGUUACGGUGUUCUCUGGCUCGCUGUCAGCCGUACGGUUCUGUCCUUGCCUUACUGGUUGUUAUGGAUUGCUCUUUGUGUUGCUGCUAAUAGUAGUACUUGGUUUAGCACGGCUGUCCUUGUAACCAACAUGAGGAACUUCCCUAUUAGUCGUGGCACAGUUGCCGGCAUUCUGAAAGGUUAUGGGGGUCUCAGUGGAGCUGUGUUUACGGAGAUUUAUAGCGUACUGCUUCGUAAUUCAUCUUCUAAGCUCUUACUCUUCCUGACACUCGGGGUUCCUAUCCUGUGUUUCGUUGUGAUGUAUUUCGUUAGGCCCUGUACUCCGGUUUCUAGUGAGGACUCUGCGGAGCAUGGUCACUUUCUCUUUAUCCAAGCUGCAAGUGUGGUGCUUGCUAUAUAUGUUCUCACCACUACAAUAUUGGAUGACUCCUUUUCCUUGAGUGCUCCGAUAACCUAUAGUUUUGUUAUCAUAAUGGUUGUACUUCUCAUGGCCCCGCUUGCGAUCCCUCUGAAAAUGACAUUGUAUCCCAGAAGAGUCGGCCCUUCUGAUAAUUUGAAUAAUGGGGACAGCAAUGCAGCUGAAACUGAACCACUGCUGAAGUCAUCUAUAUCAACAGCAAGCCUAGGGAGUUUUCGGGAAGGGAAUGAUUCUUCGUCUGACAUAGCGAUGCUUUUUGCAGUGGGUGAGGGAGAAGUGAAGAGAAAGAGAAGGCCUAAAAGAGGGGAAGAUUUCAAGUUUACUGAAGCAGUGAUCAAGGCCGACUUCUGGCUUCUGUUUUUGGUAUAUUUUGUAGGGGUUGGUACUGGGGUAACUGUCCUGAAUAAUUUGGCUCAAAUAGGUAUUGCACAAGGAACACAUGAUACCACGAUCUUGUUGUCUCUCUUCAGCUUUGGCAAUUUUGUGGGUCGUCUCGGCGGAGGAGUUGUUUCUGAACAUUUUGUCAAGACGAGAAUAAUUCCGCGAACAUUUUGGAUGACAUGCACUCAAAUUGUAAUGAUCUUUAUCUAUCUGCUGUUUGCUUCUGCUAUCAGUGGAACUCUUUAUGCUGCGACUCCACUGCUUGGCAUCUGCUAUGGUGUCCAGUUAUCUAUCAUGAUCCCGACUGUAUCUGAACUCUUUGGAUUGAGGCAUUUUGGCAUAUUUUACAAUUUUAUGUCACUAGCGAAUCCUCUCGGCGCAUUUCUAUUUUCAGGUCUCCUAGCAGGAUACAUAUACGAUAACGAGGCAGCAAAACAGCACGGUGCUAUUCAUCUCUAUGGAACAAAUGUCUCCUGCUUGGGUCCAGAAUGCUUUAGGCUUACUUUCUUUGUUCUGGCUGGUGUCUGUGGUGUCGGCACAAUCUUGAGCAUUGUUCUCUCCACUAGGAUAAAGCCUGUUUAUGAAAUGCUUUACGCUGGUGGUUCCUUCAGACUACCUCAGAAUACAAACAACUAAGAUCAGUGGGCGGUAGUCAGUGGAACUUCAACCGCUUUCCCGCUGAAGAAUCUCCAUUAGUAUUAUUCAUGUAUAUAAUGGUGUGUAGAAUGAGAAUUUGAAAACAAAUAAGAAAUGCAGACACGUGUACAAAUAGAAUGUAAUUUUAUUGAUAAUCAAGCGUGAGGUUACAAUCUUUGUGAAC